GGCCACGCAAAGCAAAGUCCAGGAAGAAAUCUUCAGGAAUCGGGAUAAUAACCUUUUUCCUCCGCAGUAUCCUGUCAACAGUGUGUGGUCUGAACGUCCGUCAGCGCUGACCUGUCAACAUGGCUGAGAACAGAGAUAAAGCUACCGAUCAAAUGAAGACAUGGAAGGAGAACAGAGUUUCUCAGAGACCAGACACACUGACCACAGGGGCUGGCCAUCCUGUUGGAGACAAGCUCAACCUGCAGACUGCAGGACCAAGAGGGCCGCUGCUGGUUCAAGAUGUGGUCUUCACAGAUGAGAUGGCCCACUUUGACCGGGAACGAAUCCCAGAGAGAGUGGUGCAUGCCAAGGGGGCAGGUGCAUUCGGCUACUUUGAGGUGACUCAUGACAUCUCUCGCUACUGCAAGGCUAAGGUGUUUGAGCAUGUCGGCAAGACCACACCUAUUGCUGUCCGCUUCUCAACUGUAGCUGGGGAAUCAGGAUCAGCAGACACAGUGCGAGAUCCUCGAGGCUUCGCAGUCAAGUUUUACACUGAUGAAGGCAACUGGGACCUGACAGGCAACAACACCCCCAUUUUUUUCAUCAGGGAUGCCCUGCUGUUCCCGUCCUUCAUCCACUCCCAGAAACGCAAUCCCCAAACCCACAUGAAAGACCCUGACAUGGUGUGGGACUUCUGGAGUCUGAGGCCUGAGAGUCUGCAUCAGGUGUCCUUCCUGUUUAGCGAUCGAGGUUUGCCUGAUGGCUACCGUUUCAUGAAUGGCUACGGCUCUCAUACGUUCAAACUGGUAAAUGCUGGUGGAGAACGUUUCUACUGCAAGUUCCACUACAAGACUGAUCAGGGAAUUAAGAAUCUGUCGGUGGAGGAGGCAGAACGUCUGGCUUCCACCAACCCAGAUUAUGCUAUUGGAGACCUGUUCAACGCUAUUGCCAAUGGCAACUUCCCGUCCUGGACCUUCUACAUCCAGGUCAUGACCUUUGAGCAGGCUGAGAAGUUCCAGUUCAACCCCUUCGACCUUACCAAGGUUUGGUCACAUAAAGAAUACCCAUUGAUCCCUGUGGGGAAAAUGGUACUCAACAGGAACCCAGUCAACUACUUUGCAGAGGUGGAACAGCUGGCCUUUGACCCCAGUAACAUGCCACCAGGCAUCGAGCCCAGCCCUGACAAGAUGCUGCAGGGUCGUCUCUUCUCCUACCCAGACACACAUCGACACCGGCUGGGAGCCAACUACCUGCAGAUCCCCGUUAACUGCCCCUUCAGGGCCCGUGUGGCCAACUACCAGCGUGAUGGUCCGAUGUGCAUGUUUGACAACCAAGGUGGAGCUCCAAACUACUUUCCCAACAGCUUCAGUGCCCCAGAGACCCAGCCUCAGUUUAUGGAGUCCAAGUUCAAGGUGUCUCUAGAUGUGGCACGUUACAACAGCGCAGAUGAUGAUAAUGUCACACAGGUUCGUACCUUCUACACUCAGGUGCUGAAUGAAGAGGAGCGCCAGAGACUUUGCCAAAACAUGGCAGGGGCCCUGAAAGGGGCCCAGCUCUUCAUCCAGAAACGCAUGGUCGAGAACUUGAAGGCUGUCCAUCCAGACUAUGGAAACAGAGUUCAGACCCUUCUCAACAAGUACAAUGCAGAGGCCCAGAAGAACACACCUCUGCAUGUCUACAGCCGUCCAGGAGCAUCGGCCAUCGCUGCGUCCUCCAAGAUGUGAUGCCUUAAAUUUCCACAGGGGGACCACCCUUCAUUUAUCUGAGAACAAAAUGCACUUACAUAAUUACCAACUGCUACUACCAGUUACAGGAUUUGUAUUUAACUUGCCAAUCAGAGACAAGACUGAAAUACUAACCCUGUAGUGUCAGGGUUAGUUCAUUAUUAAUUCAGCCAAUUCAAGCAGCUAAUGUUUUUUCUAAUCUAUAAAUAUUUGUUUGCUGUGAGUCAAAAUAUAUAAUGCAUUGCCUUAAAAAUAAGUUCUAGUAAUAGAAUAUAGCAUAAACACCAAUCAAUUCAUCAAUAUGCCUUGGCUCUCUGUACAACUCAGUCUAAGGAUAAAACCUUUGAAGUUACUUUUGUCUUGAUUGAACAGAAGUUUAACAUCAGGAUUUUUUAAUAGAUUAAAAAGUAGUCCACAAUUAAGUCUAAUUUCGACCAAUGACUAGUUAUACCAAACACCUGGUUGGAGUUGUAUGUGCAUUUUCAUAUGACUUCAUUAAUGACUGAUCCUCAGCCCCUGAUAAAUGCUAUGAUGCGUGAUGAAUGUCUCUAAUAAUUCCUCAGGUUGUGCGUGUACUACUAUGUCAUGUUUUCUUUUGCUAAAGUUAACAAAAAUGCCUCCAGAGCUGUUCUAAAUUUCUUCUGAUAACAUUCAAAUAAUAUUUGUGAAAAAAAAAAUUGGAUCAGCUUAUGACAGUGUUUUUCUUUUCAAUAUGGGUCAUAAUUAGUUUUGACCACUUUUGUUUAUGCCUGACUGAACCAUUGAUCAUAUGAAUACAUAGCAGACUAUAAUUAAUUAUGAGAAAUCCGGAUAUUUUUGAAGUUUUCACCACUUAUUCACGAGUAGAAAGAGACUGCCAUUAGUGACCUAAUGGUGAAAGAUAUUGUUAAUUCUGCAGUGUCUAAGAAAAUGUAUAGAAUUUUAAAAUGGAAAACAGCUCAGAAAGUCCUGCUUUUCUGCUUUUAUCAGGUUUAAAUGGCACAUUACAAAAUCUGACGACAUUUGAGGCGGAGCCUGAUUCUUUCAGACCAAGUUCACAUUUAAAGAUAUCAUGUAGGUCACUUUCCUGGAAAGAGAUUACAAAGAUUCCCAACAGGAUGCAAACAAUCUAAAAUCAAAUGUAUAACAGUCCAUAUGAAUUAGUUAUAUAACCUGCCAUUGAUGUGUAUUCGUAAAUCUGAAUGUAACUGAUGUUUUUAUUAAUAUUCAAGUUGUGAACUUCUUUCAGAUGAGAUGUGUAUUUAGUGCCUGUAUCAAUAAUUUGUAAUUAAAGCUUAUCAGCUACUUUCA